UUUUCGCGCAUUACGGUCUUCCAAAUCAAGUACUUCUCAUCCAAAAAUAAAGGAAUGCACACAGAGAAUUCAAUUUAACUUGAACGGCAGCCCGAGAGGUUUACAGAGGUUGAUAGAGAUGAUGGAAAUGUUCUCAAUAUGGCUGCGACAACAAGGGUUGGAAUGGACAGUAUUUAGGUACCAGCAGAAUGAGAGAUUUUCGGUGAUAUCGAUGUCCAGGUGAAGAUCCAGUGACUCCAGAGUGGGACAAGCUUUCAGUUACUUGGAUGAAAUGGGAUGAGAUUCCGCUGACAGUGAGCGAUGCUGUAGCAAAAGGCUGGAGUUUGCGUGACAAAUGCCACGCCAGAGCAUAUUUCCAAGGUCGUCGAUACAUUCGCAAUGGGGACUUGACGUUGAUGCUGCUAUUUGAUGCAAACGACAAAAUUGCUGGAAUUCAAACUGGAAUUCCAACUUCAACUGUCUGUAAGCGAAUGGGGUCGCCAUGGAAGCGAGAAAACGACUCCUACGUCGUCACCGCUUAUUUCAAAGAUCCAAGUCUAAUUUGUUCGCAUAGAUAUGACUCCAAAGCCAAAUACUUUGGUGACAGACUUUUGAUCCAAAAAAGUUCAAAGGCAAACGGAUUUGUCCAGGUCCCCUUGCUGGAGCGUGGUCUAUUAGGUGGAAUGUGGACUAAGGGAGAGUGCUUCUGGUCGAUGGGAAAAAUGUACUGGUAUGACCUGCUAAACGUGUUUGACUGCAAUUCAUUGUUUCCUGUAUUUGUGAUGUACACGAACGGAGUACUGAACGGGUUUGGUUGGAUUUUACCCUUUAAACUUGACAAUCCAAGAUUUGUGCAUCCAACAAAUGUAUCUUUCCCGUAUUUGUUCAAGAGAGAUACCAUUCCAGCCUGUUUUUGGACCGCUGAUCAUCUGUCGAUGAUGCAUGUUUACCUGGAUUCCAAUCCCUUCUUUAACAUUUGCUAGAAGAAUCUUUCAUUACUAUUAUACAGUAGCGUGCACAGUAGAUUGUUCAAAAAGAUCUUUGCACUAUUUUCCCAGUAAAGUUAUUUCUAUCACUCUCCCUCUGCCUUCUCUCAACCUUUUGCGCAACUUUAAAAAUUAUUUUGGAGCACAUUUCAAAACGAGAUUUUAAUAAUUAUGUUUUAUUUAUCUGUUUAUUCAUUAUACUUCACCCUGAAACUUCAAAAUUCCCUUUAAAAUUUUCCCCUUGUUAGAGAGAAAAGUCAACUUUGCAAUGACCGUCUUUCCAGGUCACUUUCCCUCCCUUCCAGAGGCAGGGAAAGCCCUUAGGGUACGGAAAGAGGAGAGCUCCUAGUAAAGAGGUUGUGUCUGCAACGGCGUUAUCUAAAUAAAGCAGAGGUUGAGGUAUGGUCUCUUGUCCAAAUAGACGUGUUGCGUGGUCAAUGAUUUAAGGUUGGCUAUGCAUUUUGGCUUUGUUGCUGAUAGGAAGAAUCCCAGCUGGAAAGAGAAAAAAAGUCGAGAGUAAUAAUUAAAUUGAUCCCAUCGACCACUAUUUUCCAUUGACUGAUUUGUGUCAGUGGAUCCUAGAAGUAACGUAAAAGAACUGUUGCUAAGAGUUUGCUUGUCGCUAAUAGCGAGUAAGAUUUAAGAUGUUGUAGCUUUGUGCCCUCGAGUGUUUACUACUAUGCACAUCUUCAUAAAUUUGAUCAAAAGUUUCAAAUGCAAAAGGAUUUCAGAAAGCUAGAAAAAUUCUUUUCGAAAG